AUGACCACAACCACUGCCAAGCUCACCACCAACACCAUCAUCGGCUCCAGCACCAGCUCUACCACCACUUUGCCCACCAGUGCCAGCGCCAGUAUAUCAAGCAAAGAGCAAGAAAUCAAAGCACGGAUAGCUGGAGCAGUCGCUGACCCCGUCGUAGCAUGCGUGCUUAUCGGGGCCCUGUAA